AUGGGGACGUCGUUUGAAAGUAGCCGGGAGGUGACUCCUUCGACUACAGAGACGGUCUUGAAAGUCGUCAUCAAGGAUGACGCUGUCCAAGCGACGAGCGAAGAGUUCUUGCCGGCGGCCUAUUGCUUCAUCCAGGACCAGAAAGUGCACUUUACGCAGAUCGAAGACGACCCCACAGAACAAGAGACAAACUCAAUCAACCAUGCGUUCAAGACUGGGGUCUUUUUGAAAGAAGACGCCGAUUUCAUCCCCGAUAAGCUAUACGUGAAAAACAAAAAUCUCCUUUACAGCUUGAACAACCCGUCUAUCUCCGAUGUCGAGGUGGAAACCACCUCGAAUGGCAACAGCUUGAAUGUGCCGUCGACCCCAGCAACUUCAAACUCAAACCCAAACUCAAACCAGUUUUUGGGAACAUCACCGCCAUCUUACUAUGCCAACGGUAACCUAAGAUCAAGAAGUCCGUCUCCUUCACCCUCGCCCGUGCCUUUGGCAAACUCAUUAACUACACACUCGUUGUAUUUCCCCCGAUACGUGGUGAAUUUAGCCGAAAACUUGGAAACCGAGUUCCAGCAGCUCAAACGACUCAUCCUUCGCGUGUUUCCGCAAUGGAAAGACGCCGACAAACUCGUGAUUAACCAAGUCACCGGUGGCAUCACCAAUAUGCUCUUAUCGUGCGAGUACAACAAGGAAACAACCAUCCUCAUCAGAGUCUAUGGACACGGAACAAACUUGAUCAUCGACAGGCAUCGAGAGUUUAUUUCCCACUUGAUCUUGAAUUCGAUCGAAUUGGCGCCGCAAGUUCACGCUAGGUUCAAGAACGGCUUGAUCUACGGGUUCUUACAAGGCCGAUCCCUCAAGCCGGAAGAAUUGAGCAACCCGAGAAUAUAUCCUCUUGUGGCGCAGCAAUUGGGCAACUGGCACAAGUCCUUGAACUAUAAACUUAUCGAAGAAGGAGUUGACAAGAUUAGAACAUUGAGGCUAAGUGGCCGAAGAAACUCCUUCAGCAAGAAGAAAUCCACUCGCAAGCAGAAAAAGCGCUUCAUCUCGAAUAUAUGGGAGUUGAUUGACGAUUGGAUCGAAAUCGUCCCCAUCAACAACGAGCUCACUCGAUCAUUCCAGCAACACGCGCGCAACGGGGUGCUUGUCGAUGGCAACAAUCUAAAAGACGUUGUGCAGCAAGAGUUCCACUGGCUCAAGUCCACCUUGGAAAACGUCAAUUCACCCGUGGUCUCAUGCCAUUGCGACUUGUUAUCUGGAAACGUGAUUGUCCCGCCAAACUACCAAGAUGUAUUCACCGACUCAGCACAGCUCCCACAAGUCCAACAUAACCCCGUCAAGUUCAUAGACUACGAGUACAUGCUCCCGGCACCGCGAGCAUUCGAUAUCGCAAACCAUCUAGCUGAGUGGCAAGGGUUCAACUGCGACCGCUCGGCAAUCCCGGAACCAACCACGCAGAACCCCGUCAUCGUGCAGUUUGUUCGUGGCUAUUUAGACUGCGUGGGUGAGUCGCACGAUGAGUUAAAGAUUAACCAACUCGUUAACGAAAUCAAGAUGUUUUACGGCUUGCCGGGCUUCUACUGGGGGAUAUGGGCCAUGAUCCAAAGCGAAAUUUCAAACAUCGACUUUGACUACGCCGAGUAUGGAAAGUUGAGACUACAGGAAUAUUGGGACUGGAAGGAUGAUUAUUUGAAAAACCAUUAA